AUGGCUGCCCCAAGAGAAACUAAAAAGAGAUCUACCAGAAGAAAGAAGGAUCCAAAUGCUCCAAAGAGAGCUCUUUCUGCUUAUAUGUUUUUUGCCAACGAAACAAGAGACAUUGUUCGUUCAGAAAACCCAGAUGUUACCUUUGGUCAAGUUGGUAAGAUAUUAGGUGAAAGAUGGAAGGCUUUAUCUGCUGAAGAAAAAGUUCCUUACGAAACUAAGGCUGAAGCUGAUAAGAAAAGAUACGAAUCUGAAAAGGAAUUGUACAAUGCUACUCGUGCUGCUUAA